ACACACACACACACACACACACACACACACACACACACACACACACACACACACACACACACACACACUGAGCAUCAGAGGGUCGCUGAUGAAGUUUUUCAUGACGCAGGAUCUGUUUUGUUUCUCUUGUUGAAGCCGGUGGAGUUUACAGAUGGCUAAGAGCAGCAUCUCUCAGAAGAAAAGUCUGAAGCAUCUCUUCACCAAAAGCACCACAGACCUGCAGGAAUGCGGCGAGAAAAAGGAGAACAAAUUUCAGUCUCUGUUCAAACGGAGAGAAAAGAAAGACAAGAGAGUGGAGUCUCCUGAAGCUGCAUCAGCAGAUGAACACGAUGGAAGAGAGAGGAACUCUGAAUCUGGUUACAGCACUGUGCCGAGGUCGAAGAAGGGCCUGUUCUCUCAUUCUGAGAUGGACCUCCGGAAACCCAAGCGCUCUGCCACGUUUUCUUUUCCAUGGAAAAAGAAGAAGAAGAUCAGAAACCUCUCUUUGAGCUCCUCAAGUAUCAAUGGAGAGUCAGAGGUCAGAGGUCAAGUGAGUGAACCGAUGGAUGAAAAGAAGACAGAGCAAAGUGUCCUCAGGCCACGUGAGCACUCUGAGGUAGCUGAGAUGAAAUCAGUGGACAGUGACGGCAGAAGCACUGAAGCUGACGAUCUCGACACGGUAGAGUUUAUGCUAGCUAACACAGACAGCACGUCCAUUCCGUUCAUCGACUCCUCGGUUUCUGGCAGCGAUGGUUACCGUACUCCACCAGAAGGUCCAGGUUUGGGUUCUUCACAUUGUGAAAUGCACCAAUCACAUUCAGAAGAAUUACCUGACACCAUUAUACCUGUCGAAGAAGGUUCCAGCUUACCAGUCCCGACCUCGACAGAGUUCUCUCACACACGUUCCUCAAACUCACCCACCACAAUGUAUGAAGGCCAACUCACACCCAUCAUUCUCACUCCCAGGAGCACCGUGACCACCUCCAUCAACAGCGCACUCAUAACCGUACACCACCCGGAAACGAGCCCUGGUGCUGAGAGCAGGGAUCACUCGCUCGCUCUUCAUCAGUGGGACACGACCAAACCACAGCAGAUCUUAUCACCUAAAUCCACCUCAUGCUGGGACAGAGUGGAGAAAUACGAGGAGAUAAACGCUAACCUGGCAUUGGGUCAUCCUGAAGAAAGCUGCAUUGAUGAUGAUGAUGAUGAUGAUGAUGAUGAUGAUGAUGAUGAUGAUGAUGAUGAUGAUGAGAGAGAUUUAUCUCCCUACAACCUUGAGACAGGAUUCCACAGACACCUUCCUCACAUCACCGAUGAUACCAUUCAUGAGGACAGCAUGGAAAGUUCUGAAUGCAUUCUAUCCAUCUCACAUGAAGUUCCUAAAGAAUUCGAUCCUCCUUCUUAUCCCGAGAACCCAGAGAUCUUCUACUCAGCUAAUGAAAUGUACGACACCUCUUCUGGAGAAAAUGAUGGAAAUCCAGCUUUACUAGAUGUUCCACUAGUUUCCUUUGAGUCAGACGUCUCUCCUCGAUUUCCAAGAAGAAGCGUCAUGGUAUCUGACCCUGACGCUACAACCGUUGACCUCUUAAGGUCCUCAUACACCAGUGGCCUCGACUGCAGCAAUAACGUCUCAGAUCUGCUCUGUGAUCCAGACCGAUCAAAGCAAGAACGAGAACGAGAGCCGACAAUCUCCUCCAGUCUAUCAUACGACACGUUUAUCGAAUCCUUGGCUCCUGAAAGCAUCUCCAGUGCCACCGAUCACCUGAUGAAAUAUUCUAACAUGUCUGACCUUUUUCAGCAAGGAUUCUCUGAAGAAGAUCGACGUGAUGAAGAAGGAACUGAUGAAAUCACAGCUCAAGGACUCACCAGUACAUCUACAGUGCUGGAGGAAACAUGUCAUUUAUUAGAAGACCAGGAACUUCACGGACUUACAGGAAAUACUGAGAUACACGGACAUGAUGUUCACACCUUUAGGUCAGUUACCUUUAAUUCGAAUGAGUCAGUUAACAGGAAAUAUUCAGAAGAUGAUGGAAAUGCAGUGAGGUUAAAAACUGAAGAAAACCAUUUAAGUGGAGAAAGUGAGGCACCAGCAGGUGAAGUCAACCAGCAGCUUGCAGAUCUUGCUGAUCUCAAACCAGACACUCAGGUUCUGCAAGUGUGUGUGUUUGAGGAAUGUAUCAGUGCCCCACCCUGCGGUCUGCAUGCUGAAGUGUCAGUCACAGACUGCAAGCCAGAAACACACCCAAACAUGAAGGUAGAGUCAGGCCACUCCCAGGAGUCUGGAUCUCCAGUGCCUCCACAAUGGGAGGACUUGACAGGGGGUGGAGCAAACGGCAAUGUUGUUAGGCUCCAUGUGGAUAGAGACGACAUCAAUACACAGGAGCCACAGAAACCUGUCACCUGUUACCCGGUAUCGAGGUUUUUAUCUGCUGAGCCACGAGGACUACCAGAGACCGGACACACACUCCAACAAGUUCAAGAGCAAGACAGUGUCGAGGAUCUCAUCCUCGGGUCAGAGAACGGCGACGACAGCAGCGGAGACGUCUGUGGGAUCUUCAGGGAAAGAAACAAGACUCGGCGAGGAAUCGCUGCUUACAUCAGAGAGUGUGUUGAAGAAGAGGAAGAUCAUCACGAGAGGACAAACCAUCAGCCUGUCCCGAGAUACAUCCCACACCGGUUCCCUCAUGCCGUCUCUGCUCUCACAGUAACCGAAGAGUCCAAACCCGAGAGUCCUGUAGCGAUUCGUCCUGAAUCAGAUACAGACAUGAGCGUGUCUCAUGUUGGGGUGCUGAGCACCACGUUAACUCUGAGGCCCAAAGUGUCUCAUGAAGGACGAGACAACAACAAAAAAGUGCACAAGGUGUCGCUGGUAAACAACAGCAGCACAACCAACAGCUCCGAGCUUCACGGACACGAUGUGGAUGAGAUCGAAAAUGGGGUUAAGUACGACAUCGUGGACGAAGGAACCAGACUCGAGGUCGAAGACUGGAAGCCGAAGUACCGUUAUUUUGAAGGAGAAUCGAGAUUAGCAGACAGUUCGGAGCCUGAGGUGUCGGGUAGCACACACCUGUAUUCUUCGCACUCCAGCAGUUUAGAACAUAAACCAAGCGUACACUCCUCCCUCUCCUCCUCUUCUGAGCAAAAGUGGGAAACCCUCCCCUCGGCCGUCUCCUUGGAAACCGAUGGUAACUAUAGGAACACUACCUGGUGGAAUGUGAGGAGCGAAGUCCAGGAGAGCGACGAGAGGCAGACAGGUGGGAGGAGCUGGGCGGGGCUUGCUGAAGAGAGUGAGGUGAAAGGAGAGGGAGGAAUAACAAACACAGACUCGCAUUACAGCGCCGACGAGACAGACGGAUUCCUGUCUGGCGUCUUCAAGGCGACUCUUGUGGAGCUUUCUCCCACUGAGCCCGAGCCGGAAGCCAUCCCUUCUCCACAUGACAUGGACACACUGAUAGACACGCUGAAAAGCAUGGCUCCUCCUGUACGACACCGUCCCCUACGCAACAGCACCAGUCUGCCGUUCUCAUCUCUGCCUCCGAUUGUUGAAGAUACCACCAGCCAUACUGUCCAUGGGACUGAGAGUUCGGGUGUCUCCGGCUUGGCCUCACCUACGUCUGCUCCACCUCAGAACAUCCUGCCGCCGGACCUGGGGUUGAGCUGGAGCAAGUCAAAAGAUAUGCGUUCUCCUUUGGCAUUGAUGAGCAUGUUAAAGGAGCAGCAGAAUCAGGAACUUCAGGGACGCCCUCUUGUCGUAGCACCGAGAGCAUCAGCUCUCAGUAGCAUGUACAUGCGCAAGAACUCGCUUCCAAACCUCAGCUUGGAAGAGGGAACUCAAGUUAACAGUAUUUUGGGAUCUUCGCGUCUGGACCACAGCCUGCUGUUUUCCAGUUACCGUUCCGAGCAGAAGGAAGACAACAGCAAGUCAUCAGGUCAGCGGACUCUCUACAGAGCAGCCUCUUUGCCUGAGGUUACCUCCGGACACGACUACCUCAGCAGGGUUUCCAAGGCUCCGGACUCUCUAGGAUUUGCAGGGUCCACUUAUGAGCUGUCCCUCCUCAACUCACCCCCAAGCUCCCUAUCGGGGUCAAUCGAGACGUCUCGUAUCAGCAAGAGCCCUUUGAUCAUCAGCAGCCCUACUGCCGAAAGUCCUACCUCCAUCUUCACGCCUCCUGUUUUGCACAGAAGUCUUUCACCAGAAUCACCUGUUAAACCCCAAAGUCUGCAGUUGAACCUCGACGUCGGCGCGACUUCCUUCGGAUCCGUCGGAUCCCCCGUCCAUAACGGCUUCGGAAACUUCGGUGUCGCCUCACAGCCUGAACCAGACAGGAAUCUCCUGGUCAAGUACAAAGCGUUUCCAGAUGCCUAUCUCACUAAAGAGAAAGAACACGGCAAACUGAACCCUCGACCUGGGAAGAUGUAUAUUUACAAUCGUCCAGGAUGUCGUGGACAGAGAAUCGAGGUGAAGGGGGAUGUGAUUGACGCUACAGAUUGGGAGUUUCCAGAAACCAUCUCCAUUAGAGUGGUCAGAGGAGGCUGGGUUUUAUACGAGAAGCCGGACUUUAAAGGAGAGAGGUAUGCGCUGGAUGAAGGCGACAUCGAGCUGACGAACCCGUUCGGACCGCCGGAGGACGAGCAGAGAGCUGAGCAGAACGGGGAGAAGGAGAACGGAGAACCCAAAUAUACAGAACCCAGACGUCUCGUCAUCGGGUCACUGCGCAGAGUAGUGAGGGACUACAGCGUUCCUGAGAUCUGUCUCUUCCCAGAGGAGAAUGCUGAGGGAAAGAAAGUGGUGUUCAGGGACACGUCACAAGAUGCACGAAUCUACGGCUUCCCUGUUAAAGCCAACUCCAUCAUCAUCAAUGCUGGGCUGUGGCUGGUGUUCGCCGAGCCGUUUUUCCAGGGAAUCCCGCGGGUCCUGGAGGUGGGAGGCUUCCCAAAUCCUGCCGCCUGGGGCGUCAAGCAGCCCUAUGUAGGCUCCCUACAUCCUCUCAAAAUCGGAGAACCGAGAGUGGAGCGACCCAACGAGCCGAAACUGGUGAUUUAUGAGAAACCGUAUUUCACUGGAAAAAGCCGAGAGAUUUACAACAACAUGAGAGACUUCAUCACCAGAACAGACCCACAGCAGACAACCUUCAUGUACAGUGUCUGCUCCUUAAAGGUCAUCGGCGGCAUAUGGGUGGGUUAUGAGAAGGAGGGUUUUCGUGGACAUCAGUACCUGCUGGAGGAGGGCGAGUACCAUGACUGGCGAGCGUGGGGGGGCUGCGACUCUGAACUGCGCUCGGUCCGGGUCAUCCGUACUGACCUGAGCAACCCCACGGUGGUGCUGUUCGAGAUGUCGAAUGAGGAGGUGGAGGAAGAGCGCACGUUUGAGGUGACAGAAGCCAUUCCUGACGUGGAGCUGUUUGACUUCCCAACGUCUACAUGCUCCAUCCACGUGAUCAGUGGAGCGUGGGUGGCGUACUCUCACGUGGAUUACUCAGGAAACCAGUACGUCCUGGAGAAAGGUUUCUACAACAACUGUGCUGACUGGGGCUCAGGAGACAACCGGAUCUGCUCCAUCCAGCCCAUCCUGCCUGCCCUGACGGAGUCUCAGGCUUCUCGCAGAGAGCUGCUGUUGUACACGGAGCCGAAUUUCCAGGGGACGUGUCAGGUUCACUGUGAGAGUGAGGAGUUCCUGUCUGAGAGACGGACAGUGCAGUCCUGCAGAGUGGUGGGAGGAAGCUGGGUUCUGUACGAUGGAAUCAGCUUCUCAGGGAAUCAGUACAUUCUGUCAGAAGGAGAUUACGCCAAUCUCACCAGCAUGGGCUGCUCCGAUAGCUGCGUCCUGAAAUCUGUUAAACCCGUAGAGAUCUUGUUCACGGUGCCGUCCAUCUCUCUGUUCGGUAUGGAGUGUUUUGAGGGACGGGAGGUUUCCAUGGAUACAGAGGUGUCCAGUAUGAUGGAAGGAGGGUUUAAUCCUCACUUCCUGUCUGUGAGGGUCAGCCACGGUUGCUGGGUGCUGUGUGAACACAGUAACUACAGAGGACGUCAGUUCCUACUCGAACCCAUGGAGAUCACAAACUGGCCCAAAUUCAGCUCACUCACAUCCAUUGGCUCCUUGUAUCCGAUCCGAGAGAAGUGUCGAGUGUUCCGGAUCCGUUAUAAGGAGAGCAGACUCUGCAUGUCGGUGCAGGGUGGAGUGGACGCUAUGAAGACGGGCCGUGUGGUGGUGUCUGAGAACGUGGAGGGUCAAAGUGACGUGUGGUUCUAUCAGGACGGCCUCAUCAAGAACAAGUUGGCCCAAACGAUGAGUCUGCAGGUUGUGGGUAACGUGGAACCCGGAGCAAAGGUGGUUCUGUGGUCAGAAACGCGAACUCCUAUUCAAAUGUGGAGCGCUAAACUAAGUGGCCCGAUCUUCAGCCUCACGUUCCCCGGCCUGUUCCUGGAUGUCAAGGGUGGUAAAACGUACGAUAAGGAGCACGUGAUUGUACAGAACGAGACCGAAGACACACCCACUCCGCUAUGGGACAUAGAGUUCGUCUAAACCACGCCCCCUUUUUGGACACUGUGACUUUAUUUAAUAUUUAUUCAGUCAUGAAGGUUCACAUCAUCACAGCCUUCAUCAUGCCUCAGUUCUUCGACAUGGCGGAGCUCAAAAAUAAAAAAAUCUUCAAUUAACAACGAAGCUUUUGGGUUUUGAGGUAAAACACGAUGCAGUAAAGAAACUCACACACAACGAAAACAUCAAACUGAAACUGAGGUGAACUUUUUUUACACAGUCACUAACUCGUUUCCCAGUAAAGCACGCAGCAUUAUGAUGAACAUGCUAACACCUGAACUAGCAUAGUCGUAACCCUGCCAAUUCCUACGACAAACUAGCAUUACAGUAUACAGACUAAUAAACAUACCUAGCAUUAAACAUGCUAACAGAUGUGCUAGCAUUCCUGUAAAUACCUAACAGAUACUUAAACAUGGAAAAUUACAGCCUGUAUUCCUUUAAACUGGCUAACACGUGAAUAUGCAUGAAGAGCUAAUCAUGAAAUAACGUGUAUUUUUAUAUACUCGCUACUUAGCGACGUUUAUCGUUCCAUUAGCCGGUGAACAGCUGAGACCUGAGACUGCGGUUCUGCUGUGUGUUUAUUGACAGUGUUAUAUUCAGAACCUUCUAAUGUAGAAUUAUAACUAAAAGAAAGCAGAGGUCACCUGGGGUCAUGUCAGGAAGGAACAAGAGCGUACCAGCUCAGAACUUUCAGACAUUUUGCCUUUUUUGGACACAGACUUUGUUUAUAACGCUUAAUAAUGUGGACUUAGAUGAAACAGUUUUAUUUUUGAACACGUAAAUGUGAUUAAUAACGAGGACACUCACAUAUAGCAAGAAUAUAUACUAACCAGGGUGUGUGUUGGAUUUGUGUGUGUGUGUGUGUGUGUGUGUGUGUGUGUGUGUGUGUGUGUGUGUGUGUGUGUGUGUGUGUGUGUGUGUGUGUGUGUUGAACUUUCAUUAAAUGCCAAUGCUCGUGUCACUUUGAGAAUUUGUUCAUAAGUUGUUGUUUUUUUUUUGUUUUGUUUUUUUAAGAAAUAUUCUUCUGUAUGUUUUAUUGUCAAAGUGUAACAGGGAGUGGAUUUAUUUUUUAAAAAUUAAAAUAAAAAUAAAUGACA